UUACAUUUAUUGGAGUCAUUUUUGGAGUUUGGAGUUUAAAAUGCUCCUCAUUUCCAAACUUUAUGUAGGCCAGAGAUUGUCAUCUGAUUUUGAAAUGAAGAGCUGAUAUGAAGGAUACGGCCUCUCUCACACCCACAGAAGGAAUCCCACAAAACUUGUUUGUGGUUCCCCGUUUCCUCGAUCAGAAAGAUCUAAAGGUAAACAUGAAUGAUGACACCAGAUACAACCGCCUGGAACCAAAGGGUGUCAUGCAAAACUUGAAGAAAUACCUAGGAUCCAUCACAAAAUGGAAAGCAUUAUUUUUGGUUGUUUUUGUCAGCCUCUUCUUGAUCCUCAUCAUUGGAUGGGUCAAGUUCACUGUCUGUAUGCGUGAGUCUGCAGCAAUGGAGAAGAAGGCCUUGGAGAGGGAGAACAAACUACGGCAGGAGGCUCAGAAAAACCUCACUGAAGCCAUUCAAAACAUAACAGCUGAGGCAAAGAAAAAUAUAACAGAUUGUAUGAACAAGUCUGCAGAAAGAGAGAAGGCAGCCUUGGAGAGAGAGAGAACACAAAAUAUAACCAUACAAGAGAUGAAAGAGCAGAUUGAGAACAUCACAGUAAUGGCAGAGAAAAGACUAAACACAACCGUAAAACAGAUGAGAGAAGAGGCAGCAAAUACCUUGAGUGAGAAAGUGAAGGGUAUACGACAAGAGGAGGAGCAAAAGAGAACUGACCUUGAAAAGAAGAUCAGAGGAGAGGAGGAACAAAAGAGAAUCGACCUUGAAAAGAAGAUCAGAGAAGAGGAAGAACGAAAGAGAAUCGACCUUGAAAAGAAGAUCAGAGAAGAGGAGGAACAAAAGAGACUCGACCUUGAAAAGAAGAUCAGAGAUGAUGAGGAGAAGAAGAUAAUUGACAGUGAAAAUAAUAUCAGAAAAGAUGAGGAGAAGAAGAGACAUGAUCUACAGAUGGAAAAUGACAGACUACAAAAUGAGAUAAAUAUGUUCAAACACAAGGAUAGAAGACCUCUUUGUAACACGGGUCACAUGACUGCAACUGUACCCUAUGCACUUGGAAUAUGUCUGGUAUUUUUUUUUUGUUAUCACCUAAUGGAUCAUAGCUAAAGUUAUUCAUUUUAUUUUCAUUUGAUUUUAAAUUAUCUUUGUUUGUUCAGUAAUUAACUCCAUCCAUUCCGUUUUUUUAUGUACUCUAUGUAUUUCUAUUUUUAAAGAUAUUGUAUCUUGUUGUCCAUUAUCUAAUUAGCUCUUCUGCCCCCUGGUGGUACGUAAGUGUCACUGGUGAACAAUAAUGGUUUCUCAAUCCUCUGCUCUGUCAUGUUGAACAGGGAACAGUGAACAGGGAAAACAACAACAAACAAUACAGAUGUAUGUGAUUUAUAUAGAAUUAAAAUCGGUUAAAAUAAACGCUUCUCAUCAUUGUCAUA